AUGCCUCCCAGGCAGGACGGGCCUCCGAAGACCUUCACCUUCAUCACCGGUGACCCACGCAGCAAGCAGAACAUUACUCAGAUACGCCGCCAUGCUGGACAAAGCUCUGCUGCCAAAGCAAGUUACCUGGGUGGAAUCCCCUCUGCUCGACCAUCACCACCACCAAACCCCCAACAGUCAGCAGACACUGUGCAGACCCAACUCUCGGAUAAUGGCUACCAGCACCAACCUGGCAGGCAUUCAAGCUCGAUUUCGGCGGAGGCAGCCACGCCGCGAAUUCGCAUUUCCUCACCAGACACAGUCUCGAAAUCACAGGAUACCUGCGCGAGUCAAGUACGAAGGCUGACGAUCGAUGAUCUCGUCAAUGCAGUUCCUGACCAGAACGAUAAUUCUGACUCUAGGCGUGAGGUAUCCGAGUCAUCACCAAGAAGAGGAAACGCUCGUGGACAAACAGUGCAGCAAAGUGAAGGUGCUGUUCUUACGGCAACGCCUGGGCAUCCGCACCGGAAAGACCAUCCAAGUACCAGCCAAGAUCGAUCUCAUCGAAGCUGGAACAAAGCUUCAUCAUCGCGGCGUCCAGCAUCAAAAGGCGUUUUCCGUGCCAUCCCCAAUGUCUCCAAACGCCACAAACACAGCCUGGCAGCCUCCUCUCUAGUAUCCUGGCGAUGCGGGCCAUCACCUAAUUUUCUCAUUCCGUUGUCGCGGGAUGAGUCUCACAUCGCGCGAGUACUCCAGAAGACGUCCGAAUUCUACAUUAGUAGCUUCGAAUCAACAUGGCUGCCUCUCCUUCAUCAUAACAGCUCAGUAUUUGACGGAAUAAGCACCAUCGAGAACUUCAGUGGCUCUAUAUCCACAGCUGCCAGCCUUAUCUCCAUCAAUCAUAUUGAGCCCGCCACCAGGAUCUUGAACCGGAUCGUAUCUGACCUCCAAAGCCUCCUCACGAUAGAACACCCACAGUUGUACUACGUUCUCGCAGAACUCUCACUUGACACAUCGGACACUGGCAUUGGCCGUCUUCGUGCGGAACUCAAAACACUUGCAUCCGGCAUGGCAGACUCGGCCCUUGGUAGACACCACCCCAUCGCAGAACUGCUGCGUCUCCGGCUGACGCCAGCCGUGAGCACCCGCCUUCGCGAGCUUAUCCAACGCAAGGUUCGGUCUUUGUACGCCACCUUCUUCACCUCGACUUCCUAUCAAGCGAUCGGCCAGUCAUACUUUCUCGCACGCCUCCUCUCGCACCUCAACCAGCCAAACGAAGCCAUGGAGAUCCUCGCCUGGUUCAUACGCACGUCCGAAGUGUCAUUCGGGUCUCAGAGUCUGAUGCCAGUUACGGGGCUCCUCGAACUCGCCAAGGUUCAUCUAUCGCAGGCCCAGCUCACGGACACGCACAUGACAGACACAAGUCCGGCUCCGGACUCGACCCUGCGGGCUGAGGAGCUUGCAAGCGACGCACUGAACCGCACGCUCGGUCUGGACCCGAGCAACACCGUACCGCCCUUGUCUACCACGAUCGUCCAUGCGCGCAUCGGGUGUCUGCGCACGCUGGGACGUGUGCACCUCAUGCGCCAGAACUUUGCUACUGCCACGCAGUAUUACUCCGAAGCCGUCAGGAUCGGGGGUGAACAGCUCGGUCCAGAUGUGCCGGCUGUGCAACUUGCGCUCGCGGACCUGGUCGGGGCGAGUGAUCUGGCUAUGAAGGCGGACAUGCACAUUGGGUCAACAGUCAUGGGCCCGCAUAGCAGCGCAGCAUUGCUUCAAGAGUUGAGCAGCAUUAACAUUACAGCAGUCCUUUAG